UGUAACAUAUGUUUUCAGUCCACGACACCAAUUGCCUCAGUGUUCAUUGCACUUCAGCACAAUGUCACAGAGGCUGGGGAAAUACCACUGUACACAUCUGGCAUCAGGGAUUGGGCCGGGAUCUUCUUCUACUCUCUCAUCUGCAUUGUAAUCCAUGCCAUCAUCCAAGAAUAUGUCAUUGAUAAAAUCUCCAAGAGGCUGCAUUUAUCUAAAUCAAAGUUGGCUGUUUUCAACACCAGUGGUCAAUUAGCCAUCUUUUAUUUAAUCUCAACUGUGUGGGGCUAUGAUAUCAUCAUCAGGGAGAAAAUGUUCCCCAAUAUUUCGACCAUCUGGACAGACUACCCAUCACCAAUGUCGUUCAUGAUGAAGCUGUUCCUCAUCAUUCAAAUCGCCUACAGCUUGCACGAAAUCCCAGAGUUGUACUUCCAACGCACCAAGAAAGAGGAAUACGUCGGCAAAGCCGCCCAGUCGUUGGCCGCCCUCGUCAUCAUUGCCAUACCGUACUUCCUCAACUUCAAUAGGUUGUUGGUGUGCCUUCUCGUUCAGCACUUCAGCUCCGAAUUGAUGAUCCACAUCGCGCAGCUCGUGCAAACCGUUGACAAGGAUGAGAAAUUCAGCAAGAUUACAAGAACAUUGAGCAACUGCGUCAUGAUCUUGAGCCGCAUCGUCAGCAUCGUGAUCGCCGUCCUGAGCUUGUGGUUCGGCUUCGCUCAAAUGGAACAGAGGGAUUUGGACGUUUCCACCGGAUAUUUCAAUACCCCGAUCAUCAGAUUGGCCAUGCUCGGAGCCAUCCUCGUGCUCCAGAUCUACUUGACCGCCGUCGUCAUCGGCAAGGAAUUGGAGAAGGUUCGCGAAGCGAGGGCCUUCAACACCGUCCAGAAGGUCAAGCCCCAGAAGAAGGAGAAGCCCAAGAAGGCUAAGAAAGUCGUAGAGGAAUCGGACUUGCCCGAAGUGGACCAAAACACAAACAAGAACCUUAGGAAUCGCUCGGCCCCAGCCGCUGCAAAGGCGAAAUAAAUUUCAAAUAAAUUAUGAUUACAUUUUU